AUGGCUCCUUUACCAGCCAUUCGAUUAUUUCUUCUAGCCGUACGGCAAAUAUCAAAGCCGGUGGUGAAGGCAACUGUAAUGCGAGCACAAAACAAGGCAACAUUUACACGUGCUGUCUGUAUUGGCCUUGGACGCUUUUCAUUCGGUGUUAGUCGUGUCGUUGCGAAGUGGUCUGCAGAAGAACGUGUCAGCCGCCGACAAGGUGUGAAUGGUAACAGCAAUAGUAGUAGCAAUACAGGGAGUAGUACGGCAACUAGUGGAGAUGCAGCGACGAAGAGUAAAGACAAAGAAACGGAGAAUCUCGUCAGCGCCCCACGCUCACGUUCACUGCUUCGUGCGGCAUCGGAAGAUACUAUGCGUAGUUCCCGGCUGUUGUUUGUUCGUCGCCCAGUGGAGAGUGCCUGGCAGGCAUUCCGUACAGCCUUCUUCGCACCCUGUGAUGAGAAGGUGCUUGUAAGUACCGGGGCGGAGCUGCUUAUUGAACUGAUUGUCUAUUCAAUCCUUGUUGUGGUGCUGUAUUUUGAACUCAGUACGCAGGCCAAAGCAGCGGAGGCAAAACAUAAAUAUCUUCUUUCUCGUAUUGAAGCAUUGGAGCGAAAAGUUAAUGAACUUAUUGAGGAACAUCAUGAAGGUGAAGUGGAAACUAUUGAGGCACCUGCACCAGUUCGUGUGACUCGUCUUGAUCGACUAAGGAAAGGUUUCUCGUCUAUCCUUAGUACGAUCGCAUUAUCAUGA